AUGCCGGGGCCCUGCGGCCCCGGGGCCGCCUCCCGGCCCCAUUCCUCCCUGACCACCAAGAUGGGGGAGUAUCGGAAGAUGUGGAACCCCACGGAGCCCCGGAACUGGGCCCAGCAGUACCAGGAGCGCUUCAUCCCCUUCUCCAAGGACCAGCUGCAGCCCUCCCUGAAAGGUCCCCAAUGUGGCUUCCUGCAGGAGUUUCACUCGGGGCCCUCGGCCAAGGCUGCGCUCCUGGAGUUUGCGGCCCAGGUGGACUUGUGCACCCUGUAUCAGUAUAACUGCACCCUGACCCAGCUGCAGGCACUGUACAGCCCCAUCAACCCUGACCGCGAGACUCUGGAGCAGCCCUCCCUCACGGACCCUCAGCGUCUGGCCAACGAGCAGGAGGUCCUGCGGGCCCUGGAGCCGCUGCUGGACCAGGCCAACUUCUCCCCGCUGUCGGAGGACGCCCUGGCCUACGCCCUGGUGGUCCAUCACCCGCAAGACGAGGUCCAGGUGAGCAUCAACCUGGACCACUACGCUUACAUGCAGUUCUGGGCCCUGGGCCAGCGAGUGGGGCGGCUUCCCCGCAAGUCCAUAGUGGGCUCUGAACGGGGCUUCUUCACUUAAGUCCCUCUGCUGAGCGCGCGCUUUAAGCGGGUGGUGGUGGCGGGCCCGCACCUGCCGGGGCACCUGGUGCUCAAGAGCCUACCCACCCUGGAGGGGCUGGAGCAGCUGCUGCCCACGAAGGUGCGGACGCCCCUGCAGCGGGCCCUGCCUCAACCUGGGAUGCUGCUGGCCUCCCUGGUGUUCUUCGUCAAUGUGCUGGUGGUGCUCUCCCGACCCUCAAGGUGGCCAGCCUCCCUGCUGCUUGCUCUUCACCAUCUAUGGCGCCAUGGCUUCCAGCAGAGCGCUGGCCAGCGGCGGAACCUCCAGGCCUGGAGCUGGCGCAUAUGCUUCUACUUCAGGAGCACGUCCAACAACUCUGAGCUGAUUACUAUUCCCUGGUGCGGGAGGGCCCAGGAGGAGCACGCCAAGGAGGUGCUGCUGGCCCACAGCUUCAUGGGGGCGCCGGGGGCCUGGGCCCCCGAGGGUGAGCUAUGCCCCCGGGCCCCGCCCCGGCUCCCCGGGGCCCCCCGCCCCCUCCCCAGAGAGCCGGGCGGCUGCAGUGACCCGGUGGAAGCCUGGCUCCUGGCCCGCACGGGCCGGGCGGCGACUCCAACGGGGCCCGGGCCCUCACCCGGGGCCCUGACCCAGAGCUCCCCUCCCCGGGCGCCCGCCGGCAGAGACCCCGGCUCCUCCCCGGAGGCCAGCCGAGUGAGGCCGGCCCUGGGCCGCCCCAGCCUGGGCUGGCGCGACCUCCGCCCCUGCAACAGCCGCCCCUGCGCCUCGCGGGCCGCCGUGGCUGCCGCCAAGCCGCCAAAGAAGUGA